AUGGAUAUUGGAGGCCUGGAGACGGUGGUGGCCAACUCGGCCUAUGUGUCGGCCCGGGGCGAAGGUGGGCCCUCCACGGCCCGGGACAAGAAGAUGCGGGCCAAGCUGAAGCUGCCUCACAUCACCCAGUGUGAACACAUCAAAGAUACCUUGGACCUGGACUUCAACUUCAUCUGUGUGAGGCAGCCGAUCGGCAAGAGGAUCUUCCAGCAGUUUUUGGAGGAUACGGAUGAGUUCAAAGCGGCCGCUGGCUUGUGGAAAAGCAUCGAGGACUACAACACCUUGGAGGAGGCCGACCGGCCCAAGGCAGCCCAGAAGAGCGUCAACAAAUACUUUGACUCAGCCUCCAAAGAGUUCUGCCCCUUCCUGGAGGAGAAGGCCAUCAUGAGGGUCAAGGAGGACGCCAAACACGGCCACGGCGACCUCUUCAAGGAGUCUGAGCAGCACCUCCUCAAGUACCUCGAGGCGAACGCCUUGGCCAAGUACAAGGAGAGCAUCCAUUUUGGCCGCUUCCUCCAGUUCAAGUGGCUGGAGUCCCAGAGCGUGACAGAGGAGUGGUUCAUGGACUUCCGGGUGCUGGGCAAAGGCGGCUUCGGGGAGGUGUGUGCCUGCCAGAUGAAGGCCACCGGCAAGAUGUACGCCAACAAAAAGCUGAACAAGAAACGGCUCAAGAAGCGCAAAGGUUAUGAGGGGGCGAUUGUGGAGAAGAGGAUUCUAGCCAAAGUCCACAGCCGUUUCAUCGUCACCUUGGCUUACGCUUUCCAGACCAAGGCAGACCUCUGUCUUGUCAUGACGCUGAUGAACGGAGGAGACCUCAGAUACCACGUCUAUAACGUGGAUGAGAAGAACCCUGGGUUUUCAGAAGCCCGGGCUGUUUUCUACGCAGCCCAGAUCAUCUGCGGCUUGGAGCACCUCCACCAAAACCGCAUCGUCUAUCGAGAUCUCAAGCCAGAAAACGUCCUACUGGAUGACGCAGGGCAUGUCCGGCUUUCAGACCUGGGCUUGGCAGUGGAACUAGAAGAAGGGAAAGACAAGACCACCGGCUAUGCUGGCACACCAGGAUUCAUGGCUCCAGAGCUGCUGAAAGGGGAACAAUAUGACUUCAGCGUCGAUUACUUUACCCUGGGAGUCACCCUCUUUGAAAUGAUUGCUGCAAAAGGUCCUUUCCGCAGCCGCGGUGAGAAGGUGGAGAACAAGGAGGUGACCCGCCGUAUCUUGAAUGACCCUGUGACAUAUCCAGACACGUUCAGCACUGAGUGCAAGGCCUGCUGCGAGGGGCUGAUGGCCAAAGACCCUGCCGCACGACUGGGGUUCAAGAAUAACGACUGCAGCGAACUAAAGAACCAUCCACUUUUCCAGAAAAUGAAUUGGGGACGACUAGAGGCAGGUAUGGUUGAGCCCCCCUUUGUUCCUGACCCCAAAGUGGUCUACGCCAAGGACAUAGGUGAUGUGGGUGCCUUCUCUACAGUGAAGGGUGUGAUGCUGGAUGAUACCGAUAAGGCGUUCUACGAUGAAUUCUCCACGGGAAACAUCCCCAUCCCCUGGCAGGAGGAGAUGGUUGAGACAGGGGUCUUUGGGGAGCUGAAUGUCUGGGGUGCUAAGGGCUCCAUCCCACGGGAUCUGGACCGCAAUGCGCCUCCUUCCUCUGCCACCAGCAAAUCGGGGACUUGCCUUCUGUUCUGA